AUGGGCAACUUACCUUUUUCUAGCGUUAGCACUACUACACACAGUAGCCGUAUUACUAGCAGUAGCACUACACACAGUAGUCAUAUAAGUGUUUGCACAGACGAAAUUGAAGUACCUGAGGACAGUUUUAGCGAUUUCAACGUGCAUUGCGAUGACGAAGAGGCAGUAGCUGAAGAAAUUGAGGCGAAUUUAGAAGAAGAAACUAAUUCGGAUUUAGAAAGUGAAAGUGGCGAAGAAAUUUCUGAGGAUACUUAUUCAUUGGCUGUGAAUCAAGAAUUUGGCUCAUGGAAAGAAGUUGAUGAUAUCCUACUUUAUUCAUCAGUGGAUCCUGAAGGAAUUCAGACUAUUAAAGUAUUUCGCGAUGAUCUAAAUUCUUCAAAUGUUGGAUGUGAAGUUACGCAUAUUGACGGCUCUCCUGCUUUAGAUGUAAUUACAGAUUUUGCAAAAAAUAAUAUUAAAAACUCUCGUGAUCUUGGUGUAAGAUUUAACUUGGCACUAGUUUCACUUCAAUUAAGUAAUCAAAAUUACAGUAUAAUUGAUGGUAAUUUUGCUUUACGCUCAACUUUACCUAAAAAUGAAAAUGUUACUUACGAUAUUAAAUGUUCUAACACUAAUGAUACAAAAAAACUUAUAAGACCUUGGAAGAUAUCUGCUAAUAAUGAUAAUUAUACAAAUUUUUAUAAUUUUACUGAUUUCAAAAGUUAUUACGAAUCAACCUGCCUUAUAGAAAGUUCUAUUCAAUCUACUCCUUUUAGAAAAGCAAAAAACUUAAACCUACAAACUGAACAAUUAGCUGAUAAUAAAAUAUCAAUUACUGGUGAGAAUAUUACAUAUAUUGGUGAUUUUACAAUGGUUUUGAAGAUCAGUGAUAUUGGUGUCAUAGUGAUACCUACCUUCGGACCGGAUAUUAAAAAAUAUAGCUAUAGCCAAAUAAUAAUGGAACUUGUUGAUAAGUUUGAUACACUUGCCAAAUCUGGAGUAAAGAAGGCAUAUGGUGGAUACAUAGAACUUUCACAAUACUUAAAUAAUCUCUUCUUCUCACAAAAGAAAGCUUCAUUUCCACGUGAUAUUAAGAUUAAUAACAUUACGACAUUCCUUAUUAAACAAGUUUAUGAAUUAAACUUUCAACUAGCUGAUUUUGCUCCUAAAUCAACAUUAUCGUAUACUACUUAUGAACCAUUUAAUAAUUCUGAUGAAUAUAUUG